AUGGCAAGUGCAGCCAACGCAAACUUGAACGCAGUUCGGGAGACAAUGGAUGUCCUACUGGAAAUAUCAAGAUUGCUCAACACUGGGUUGGACAUGGAGUCUCUGUCCAUAUGUGUGAGACUGUGUGAGCAAGGCAUCAACCCUGAAGCCCUGUCUGCUGUUAUCAAAGAACUGCGCAAAGCUUCUGAGUCCCUCAAGGCUGAGAUGGAAAAUCCUGCAAGGUUUCUGAAAACUGCACAAACUGAAGAUGGACGGGGAUCCCUUCAGUUUGGGAAGUUGCAAUGGGAUCAUGCCUUGUUCCUGCAUGUUUAA